GCAGAUAGGGCCGAGGAGUCCUGGUCCGCCCCCUGGCGGCCCGGCCGGCGGCCCUCGUGUGUGGUGGUCGGAUCACUCGCGAGCCGGCGAUCUGUGCAGGAUGAGGACCAUCCUGGUGCUCUUGGUGGUGGUGGUGUGCGCAGUCCACGCCACCUCAGCAGCCCAUCUGUCCAAGAAGAAGCACAAACAUCAUUCAUCAACAAGUACGAGCACUUCAACAUCAACAACCACCACCACCACAUCCAGGCCCAGGACAACAACUGAACUGCCUGCGGUCAUCGAUGCUGACGACGACGAUCUUGACGACGUACCGUACCUCCACAACCUAGACAUAAUCAAGAUCCAUCUGCCACUGCCAGCCGAUCGCGACAGCAGCAACGACCGCCGGCAUGGAGGGCCAGGCGCCUCCAAACACGGCACCACGGCAGCGCCGGUCACUGAACCCACCGCGGCACCGGAGCCCGAAACAACUACUGCGGCAGAGCCCGAACCCACGACGGUGCCCGAACCCGAACCCACGACAGCCCAAGAGCCGGUAACAACCGCUGCUGCCGAGCCGGAGGUUGUGCCGACGGCGGAGCCAGCCGGUGCUGACGCCGAUGCUGACUCUGACGCCGACAGGCAAGUCGUCAUUCCGGACGUGGCCACCUUCGACGCCGUGUUCGCCAACAAAAGCCGGCUGGCCGACAACAUCAAAGUGUUCGCAUUCGGUGGGGUGUACCAGAUCGUUAUCAACCGAACGCGCAACUCGGUAGAGGUGGUGAUGGUGAAGCGGUUGCAGAACGUCACUCAGGGGGCGUUGGGGAACGGUGCUGGCUCCGGCAGACGCAUGCAGAUGAUGGUGCGGGGUCCGUCGGUGACCGGUCUGGGAAACACGGCCGGUGAGGACGAAGCUGGCGAUGAAGGUAACGAGAUAGCAGAUGACGCAGAAGAAGCGGAUGACAAUACGACCGACGACAAGGACGGAAAGAAGGACGGGGGAGAUAAAACCGAAGACGAGGGUGAUGGAAGCGACGUAGGAGACGAAAACGAAGACGAGGCCGGUAAAGGAGACGAGAAGGACAAGUCAGCCACUGGCAAAGACGAGGACGACGGACAGGAAACGAACCAAGAUGAGGACAAGUUCGACGCUAUUUUCGUCAACGGCUCAGCACUCAGCGGAGUGGAGGUGGGCGUGGUGACGUUCAACUCCACCGGAGUGUUCAAGCUGAACGUCUCCAUUAGCGACGACUUCAUGACGGUGAUCGUCUCCAAGAUCGCUGAGCAGAUGGGCGAGCAUGGAGUCACCAUGCCGAGCCACUUCAGGGGACCUUCUCGGACAGCUGCGCUGGCGAGCGCGGCACAACCGUCAGCGGCUGACCACGGCGGCGCGGCCAGCGGCUCCUUGCAGACGGCCCUGAUCGUGAUGACGGUGGCGGCCGUGGCCGUGCUCGCCGGGGCCGUGCUGGUGUGGCGGCGCAGGAGGCGUGACGCAUACUCGUCGUUCAUGCGCAGAGGUGAAGACUACGGCACUCUGGAGCACGCCUCGGAGGCCACCGACUUUUACGGCAUGGUCGAAUAAGACGUGGUCAUGGUCGAAUAGGUGACGUCCUCUGCGACGGUCGUGUAUCGAAUGCAGCGUCAUCUGCGGGAGCUAAUCGUAACGGGGUAGGCGAAGAGAUGUCGGUUUGGAUGGCGGCCGGAAGUUUAACAAUGCGCGCAUUUAGCUGUUGUUUUGCUCGUCGAACAGUUAUCAAACGUUUAACCCCGAAUGUAUUAAACGGCUAGUUCUAUGUCAUACAAAAUAUGCUUAUGUUGCGAUUUCAUGUCUGUGUGUUUUUCGUGGCAAACCUUAAGAUCUCCUAUCAGCUAUCUAAGAACGUGUUACCUUCUUUCACUCCUACACAUUCCUUUUCUGUCUAUGAAGCGUCAGCUUCGGCUUCAGUGUGACAGACUGACGUGUCCCCGCGUGCGGCACCUGCGGUAGGACGGUACACAGGGAUCAGGCGGACUCUCACUGGCUGUCUGUGUCACUGUUUCAGAGUACCUGCCGAUGUAGACAGCUGAGCUCAUAGACCGUAGUCAGCUGAUGAAGCUGUGUCGUCGUCGACCAAUACACGAAAGCUGGGUGU